AUGGUGGGUGGUGUAUAUAUUGCGGUGGAGUCGCACAGUUGCCCUUGUUUCUGCGUGGAAGCUCGAAGCACCCCCACUAGGGUGAGUGCUGUGUGCAAUAGUCCGAGUCUGAGUCUGAAGAGGAAACACUUGCUGAGACGUGGGACCAUGAAACUCAGUAGUUCCUUCUUUGAGAGUCAUAGUGUUAACACAAGUUUGAAGAAGCAGGGCAGGCACAAGAAGAGGACCAAGAGACUCACUAUUGUCAACGAGCUCGGUGGCCAAUAUGAGGAAACUUUUCAUGAUGUUAAAAAGGUACUGAAAAUAGCAAACAAAUUAAGUGGAGCAAACUAUCAAAUACUCAAUUAUUUCACAUACAAAGCUGUGAGGACUGUUCUUCAACAGUUGUAUGAGAUGAACCCACCUCAAUAUAGGUGGUUCUAUAAUUUCGUUGCAGCAAACGACCCAGCAGAUAGGAAACGUUUUAUACGAUCCCUGGGGAAGGAGCAACUUGAACUUGCUGAAAGAGUGAUGAUAACACGGCUUCACCUUUAUGGCAAAUGGAUCAAGAAAUGUAAUCACGCUGAGAUAUAUCAAGAAAUACAUGAUGAAAACUUGGAGUUGAUGAGGGAACGGCUCAUGGAAACUUACAAUACUAAAGCCUGUAAAUCUACUUUGAUCUUCCGACUUACAAAAGGUGAUGCACAAUGUGAGCAAAUGAAAAAGAGCCUUUGGAGUAACCUGGUCAGGAGUGCUUACAAAAUUGAAAAUCUUUCACACUGCUCUGACUGUUUGAAAAGAGGAUUCAAAGACCUUCACAUCCAUGCAAGGAUCAUUGACCAUCUUCUUGAUUUGAGAAACAAUGCCAACAUUACGCAGUUUUACAAUCCUACCAAACGCACCAGGACUUGCAGGAAACGUGAGAUUUACUAUGACCCAAAGGGCAGAGAUGCGUAA